AUGGGGGGAUCAAAGGCAGUUGGACCUGAUAACAUUCCCAUUGAGGUGUGGAGGGGUUUAGGAGAGGAGGGUAUUCAUUGGCUUACUAACCUCUUUAAUGUCAUCUUGAGGUCUAGUAGAUGCCAGAAGAAUGGAGGGUUAGCACACUUAUCCCACUGUUUAAAAAACAAGGGUGAUGCACAAGUAUGCAGAAACUAUAGAGUGAUCAAACUUCUAAGCCACACUAUGAAAUUGUGGGAAAGAGUGAUUGAGAAAAGAAUUAGACGAGAGACAAUAAUUAAAGAGAACCAAUUCGGAUUCAUGAUUGGAAUAUCAACCACCGAGGCAAUUCAUCUUUUGAGGAGAUUGAUGGAGAAGUAUAGGGAGCGAAAUAAGGAUCUGCAUCUGGACAUGUAUGACAGAGUGUCGACUAACAUACAUACACCGAUGGGUAUGAUAGAGUCCUUCCCAAUAAAAGUGGGACUACAUCAGGGAUCAGCACUAAAUCCUUUCAUUUUUACGGUCAUAAUGGAGGAAAUCUCUAAAUACAUUUGA